AAAUGCAACAUUGCAGAAAAAACUCAAGCUACAAAAAUGUCAAAUAGACAUAAAUUCUUUUCAUUGGCUUCUCAUAAGUGAACGCAACGUUUUUAAAAUCUCGUAUAUUAAAAAUUUAAAAAAGUUUAAAUAUGGAAAAUAAUUUGUCUUCAAGUACAAUGGAGCGUGCGGAAAACGUGAAGCAAGUGGAAAUGGUGGUAAGUCCUGACUUAGAUGUACCAAUUCCACCGAUAGCUACUAUUGAGGAGAAUCCAACGUCUGUGGAAAAUAUGGUGCACAUUCCAGAGGUGGGAACCUCGGCUGUUAAAAAACAAAUACACAAACCACUAAGCCAUCUUUGUCCUGAGCGUUACCGGAAUGUAGAUAUUAAAACAGUUUUUCCUGAUUUUGAAGAAGGAGAACCUAUAAACUUUUUUCGACUUUUACCACCACCAUAUGUAUUAAAUCCAAUAAGUGUGCUUAAACGCCAACGGGGCAUGUCUGAAGAAGAUGGUGUAGCUCAAAAUAUGUGUCAUGAGAGUACAAGUAGCAGUAAUGGCAACUUUAAAGGUAAUGGUAAACAAACAAACAAACCCAAGAAGCGUCAAAAGCGCAUUGGUAGCGCCCCCAAAGAUAAUGGUUUACCUCCAUUAGGUGUACGUCUUAGGAGCGCCAGCGGCAACUCCGGAAAAACUGGUGUAUCACAAAAAACGCGUCGCAAGCGCACUAGUACCUAAAAUUAUCAGGACUUCGAAUAGUACUACAGUACAUAUAAAGCAUUUUUUUUUUAUUUUUAGUAAGAUUUUACAUUUAAAUUUUGUUAAUGAAAGCAUAACCAGAGUAUCUACAGUAAAUACUAUAUGGAAUGUUUUUUACAGCAAAUUUUCU